UAGGAACCUCCUAACAAUCCUAAUACUUGUCACCUCCUGAUUGCCGCACCUGCCGCAUUGGAGGUGUGCAGAGAGGUGGGUGGCAAAAUGCGGGGAUGUGAUGGUGAGCAGGCCGGCCAUAUGUACUGCGACAAGCUGCCAUUCCUAUUCCUCGACACACCGUCAGCAUGUCUGGUCCGCCCGUAAAUCUCGUCUCCGUCAACACCGCGCCGGAGCGCGCCAAGAAGGUCAUUGGAGAGGUCAUCGAGAACGUGAAGCACAAGUACGCGAUCGUGCAUGCCGGGAACUCCACAACAAUCGAGGAUGUCAAGCCCCUGCUUCUCAGCGUGCAGCCGCCGCCAGAAAUCUUGUUCUGCGCGUCAAUGUGGACGCCUAAGGAGCAGGAGGAGAUUCAGCGGAUCGCGCGCGAGACGAUUCCCGGUAUCAAAACGCAUGCCAUCCCUACCGGACUGCAGGUCCAGGUAGGGCCGGAUGGGAUCGUUAAGUACCUUAUGGAGCGCAUCGACGACAUCAUGAAGGCGUAGGCAAAUGCAUUGAGGUAAUAUUACAGUUCAUGAUAAGCACGAUUUCGUUGUUGGCUUCUGAAUCCC